UUCCAUUCAACCGGCAGGCCGGCUCAGUAGACAAUAGACUAGAUUGUGUAAACAAAUACUGAAAUAAUUAUGUUCACUUGUUUCCUUAGUAGCUGUGCUAAAUGGACAUUAAUUUCUGUUAAACUAUGUGCGAAACCCGUUUCAAAAGUUUCAAAUACAUCUAAUAACUUAAAACGAUCGUUUUCAACUGGAUAUUUGCCUAUUGACAAUGUUCAAAAUUUGAAAAAAAAUGUGUUACUUUAUACGUUUGAAAAGACGAAAACUUUCAGACUCGUUACAAUUUUUGGCAUUGCUCAGUUAGGCAUUUGGCUUUAUUAUGCUAAUACAAUGUUUUACAGCCUGCGUGACAUCAAAAAUUCUACUUCUGAAACAGAAGUAAAAUCUACGUUUUGGAGACGUAUUAAUCUUGGAGAUAUUAAAUAUAGAAUUAUAGCAGUCAUUGCAUGCCUAAGCGUUGGUGUUGGAACAGCAGUGAUUUCGGUUAUGUUGCCAACUCGUAUCGUCAAAAGUUUGACUUUAUGCAAAGGAGGAAAAACUGCCAUCUUCACCACUUAUGGUCCAUUUGGGAAAACAAAACAAUUCAAGGCUCCAAUACACAAACUUAGUUGCUUAGUUUCUCGGAAUGAAGCUAAGUCCUAUGUUACAAUAAAAGUCAAAGAUAAGUGGAUGUAUUAUCUAAUUGAUUCAAAUGGGCAGUUCAUCCAACCAUUACUGUUUGAUUUUACAGUUGGUACUAGGACAUCAAGGCGUUUAUAGCAGUACUUAAAUAAAUUUUAUUUA